AGUGCCCGCAGGAAGGGGGGGAGCUGCUUCCGGUGCGGGCCGGGGUGUGUGCGGGCAGGAUCGGGGCCGGGGCCGCACCGACAGCGUCCCGCUAUGAGAGAGACGCCGAGACCCGCAGCACAACACUAAAUUUGUAAUGCAAUGGAGUCUGGGUCAAGCUCCUUUCGAGUGGAAUUUCCAGAUUUUUCUAGCACCAUUUUGCAGAAGUUAAACCAACAGCGCCAGCAAGGACAAUUAUGUGAUGUGUCCAUUGUGGUUCAGGGCCAUCUCUUCAGAGCCCAUAAAGCUGUUCUUGCAGCUAGCUCGCCUUACUUCUGUGAUCAGGUUCUCCUGAAAAACAGCAGGCGAAUAGUUCUGCCUGAUGUGAUGAAUCCCAGAGUAUUUGAAAACAUUCUUCUGUCUACCUAUACAGGCCGGCUGGUAAUGCCUGCACCAGAAAUUGUUAGUUAUCUGACCGCAGCAAGUUUCCUUCAGAUGUGGCAUGUAGUGGAUAAGUGCACUGAAGUGCUUGAGGGAAACCCAACAGUUCUGUGUCAAAAGAUGAAUCAUGGCAGUGACCAUCAGUCCCCAAGCAGUAGUAGCUACAAUGGCCUUGUUGAAACCUUUGAACUUGGCUCUGGAGGACAGACAGAAUUCCACAAAGUGCAGGAACUAAGGGAUGUUGAAAAUGAAGAAGAAAGCUCUAAAGAUGAACUGUCAUGUCAGCUGACAGAGCACGAGUACCUUCCCAGUAAUUCUUCAACAGAACAUGAUAGACUUAGCACUGGAAUGACCAGUCAGGAUGGGGAAGAGGGAACUAGUGAUAGUGCUGAGUACCAGUAUACCAGACCAAUGUAUAGCAAACCCAGCAUCAUGUCUCACAAGCGGUGGAUCCAUGUGAAACCAGAAAGGUUUGAACAAGACUGUGAAGGCGUUGAUAAUCCUUAUGAUGAACACCAAGUUUCUGAAUCCAUGAAUGCCAUCCAGGCAGAUCACUCAAUCCAGUCUUCAGGUGUUGAAGAUUUUCACAUAGGUGACAAAAAGAUGGAAGCAGAAUUUGAUGAACAGGCAGAUGAAAGUAAUUAUGAUGAACAAGUUGACUUCUAUGGCUCAUCUAUGGAAGAAUUUUCUGGUGAAAGGGCAGAUGGAAAUAUAAGUGCUCACAGACAGGAUCUUAUGAUGGCAGCAGGCUAUGGGGAAAGCAUUGAUAUGGCUGCUGGGAUUAAAGAAGAAACGUCUCUCACUGGAUUCUCCCAUGCCGAUAAGCUCUACCCUUGUCAGUGUGGAAAAAGCUUUACACACAAAAGUCAGAGAGAUCGGCAUAUGAGUAUGCACCUUGGUCUUCGACCUUAUGGCUGUGGUGUCUGUGGUAAGAAAUUCAAAAUGAAACACCAUCUUGUAGGCCAUAUGAAAAUUCACACAGGCAUAAAACCAUAUGAGUGUAACAUCUGUGGGAAAAGAUUUAUGUGGCGGGACAGUUUUCAUCGGCAUGUGACCUCUUGUACCAAGUCCUAUCAGGCUUCUAAAGCUGAGCAGAGUACUACUGACAUGAACUAAGACACUAGUGCUUACGUCUGUUUAGUAGAGUGUCACUGUUGGACACGAGAUGAUUCACACAGACACAGCUCGAAGUGUGAUGAAAGAAGAAGAAGGUUUAUCUGUCUUUUCAGUAUUUAUAGAUUUUCAACAACGACUAGGGAUUGGAUAGUCAGGUCACCACUUUCCCAACUACACUGGUUGUGAGAGACAUCUAUCAAAAGGCAUAUCUUUAAUGGAAUGUAUAAACAUCUAUAUUUAUAGUUACUUUCCUGGGAAAGUGGCUAGAAAUUAUGAAAACAAUAUUGAAAGGCCUGAUUUUCAGGGCGACAUCUCACCCUUUUUAUCUUUUAAAAAAGAAAAAAAAGAAAAAUGAACAGGGAAAACAAACAAUAUCUUAAACAAUCAGAAGGAAAAUAACAGAGAAAACAAACAAUGUUCUAAACAAUAUCAGAAGGCUUUUAGAUUCAGGGUGAUAGUAGAGUAAGAAAAAUAAACUAAUUAUGCAAAUAAUGUCUGGUACUUGCUAUUGUACAUUUUCAAAAAAAUAAUUUUAAUGAGUAUGCUGGUAUAAACAGAUCAAAUGUAUUUUGCUUCCUGCAAUAUUACUUCAGGUGUUCAGUGUGUGAAGUGUGUGUGGUUAAUGUGAAAGGUGCCUGCAAAAUGAGGUCUGAGAUUGAUUGUAAUCACAGUAGUAUUUAGAAGCCAUCUAAGUCAUCUAAAUUCACAGUUAAACUCAGCUGUAAAUUGACAGAAAUUGUGAAAAUACUUAGAUGAACCAGGAAUUCAGGUAGUACUCCUUAAUGGAAAAAAAAAAACUAAGAUGACCAAACUGGGUUAUAUUUAACAUAACUGGUUUUCACGUUUAAAUGAAGAAAAAAAAACAUAAUUCCACCUCAAGGUGAAGACUGCCAACAUACUUAACAUGGAUCAUUAGGUAGUGUGCAUCAUUCAGUAGCCUUUGUUGUAUUGCUUAAUGAAAGGCAGUGGUAAAGGUGGUUUGGCUUUCCUUUAUCCAUCUUCUGUUUUUUAAUUUAUCUUCAGUAAAACAAAUGUCUAAUUUUGUGCUGAUUUCUAUUUAGAGUCUGUAAUGCACUUACAGUUUAUCACUAUAUAAACUUCAGUAUGUAUUAAGUAUACUUAUCCUUGCCUUUCUAGGGUCUAAUUCUGUAUGACUCUUGACUUCAUUAGAUUUUAAUUACUACAUUGUGAGAGCUUCUAGAAGUGUGUGUAAUAAGUAUGUCUUAUUAAAAAAAGAAAGAUACCAACAAAAAGUAAGAUGUAAAAUUUGGAACUUAGUCAAAAUAAUCAAAUACUUAAAGUGUAAAUUUCUGUUCAAAUUUUUGUGGCUUACUACAUUAGCAAGUACCAAACUCUGGAUUCAUGAACUGACUUGUUAUUGGUACAAAAACUUCUUUGAGAACUUCAAUCUAGUUUUAGAAGCCUGCUUUAGGAAAAUUACAUAGUCAGUGAUAGUUAUUUAUACUUUUAAUUCUUUACUAUUUGAAUAGUAAGAACUAUAAUACAGAUUCAUGGUACUGAACUACUGUGACUAGUGAUCACAAGCAGAAUUGUUUACCUCCUCAAAUGAAAUUGCUUGUGGAAAAAGGUAGGAAGCAUGUGAUUUGGAUCUUCUAAUGGUACUGCAGAACAUGGUACCAUGCAUGUCUGAAGUUGGGAUUUUUGCUGAAAAAGUGCUCAUUCAUGGAGAUAGAUGAAGAGUGUGUAUAGUUCUAAGCGAUGCUGCCAGCUCUGCAGAUUGAGUAAAGGCAUCAGUUGUAAAGGUGACAACAGGAUUUUGGGGUUGAAAGCUUAAUGCAGUCCAAUGCAAAAGCAAUUGCUUCUUAGUAAGCAAAAGCUUCUUAGUAGCUUACUGAAAAAUGAUAAGAGCCUUUAGAGCGUACAUGGAAUAUAAUAGAAAGAGGUGAUAUCCAAGCACAGUGCUGUUCACAUGGGGAAAAAUGUUAAACAGCAUUAAAGACCUAAGCCUGUCUGGCCCCAGUUUCUGUAUUAGGCACUGCUGUGUGCAGGAUAAUGUACUGACACAGUAUGGUGAAGCAAAACAACACAAAGAUUAUUAUACUUCAGAUUCUUUUUUGAACUCCCAGUUACAAAUUGUCUUAACAGACAACUGAACUGUAUCCUGAAAAUGAAUGUCUGCUGCAAUCUGAGAGUUUUCUACUCAGUGAGCUGUAAUUACUGUAAUUUCUUUACUGGCAUUCUACUUACAAACUUUUUUUUUUUAAAGAGGCUCUUAAUUAUUAAUCUUAUAAUGCUUCAAAUAUUUUUUCAUACGGAAUUUUGUUAAAACAGAUGUUCCCAAGUACAGUGAACCCAUUGCUGGCAAUGGGCACGAAUGAUCAGCAUCAGAGUUCCCGUUCUUAGCACUUAAUUGAACUUUACAAAUACCAUGGUGGCCAUGUUUAACCUUUGUGAUCAAGGUAUUGAAACAGGGAUUUCACAGUUUGUUCACUAACACUGUAACCUGCUUAAUGUAUAGAAGCACUUUGUAUUUAAACAAAACUAAACAAAAAAUCAAUAAAACAAACAAUAAAACAAGAACACCAACAAAAACCAAACAAACCAUAAAUCUUUAUAAAUAUGUUUUUUAAACUUAGAAAUUAUAUUCCCUCUAUGGUUUGUUUACACACUGUUAACAGUCCUUUUUAAUACUAAAAGAUACUAUAAUGCUUGCCUGUUUACAUGAGAGUAAAGGAAAGGGGUCUUGUACUUGGUGGCCCUAUUUUUCCAUUCUCCAAGGCCUUACUACAUACAUGGAGUCAUUUCUGCAAGUACCAUCAUCACAUUUGAAGGAAGGCAUUAGAAUCAUAGAAUGGUUUGGGUUGGAAGGAGACUUUGAAGGUCGUCUGCUUCCAACCACCUGCCAUAGGCAUGGACACCUUCAGCUAGGCCAGGUUGCUCAGAGCCCCAUCCAACCUGGCCUUGAACAUGUCCAGGAUGUUUAUUCUCAUACUCAUUUCAAGAAUGAUCUUGUAUAUUACAUUAGUUCUCAGCCCCUUUCCAAUUGUCACUUUAGUUUUGCAUAAAAAGGUUAAGGGUGCCUCUUCCCAUUUAACCAUAAAAAAGGCUGGACAGAAACACCGGUCUCAAAACUGGUCAAAAAAAAGUCAAAUUCAGACCAUCCUACAGAGCUGCCAGCAAAACUGUUUCUUUUACCACCUUGGAAUGACUUUUAUAUGGGAUAUUUAAAGGUUUAACAUAACUUCUAUUUGCAGUUAGAUUACUUUGAAAUAAAGCUUUAAAAUCAAAUGUACUGCGAGAGACACUUUAAAGAUUUUAUAACAGGUUCAGUAGAUCGUAUUAUAGAACCAUGUCCUUUUUUAAUGACUUCGCAUGAAUAGUAACUUUUUAGUAUUUGCCUCUUGCUGUUUUACCCCACAUUAUGGCAUUGUCUUGAAAGUCCAACACAUGUUGUUCCACUGAUUUUGUAGCACUUGGCUUUCUGCUGUCAAUUUACAUGAAAACAAUUGAUUGCAGGAAAAUAUUGAUCUGAUUGUCAUGAGAUCAGGUUGAGAGGAUUGAUGAUUUAAGGGCAGCUUGAGAUAUAUAUCUAAAAUCCUUACUUUUGCAUGUCACAGGUGAAACAGUUGUCUUGUGGUGUUUUUCUUGAACUCAGUUUAUUGCCCUUUGUCAAACUUCUAAUCACCAUUUCAGGUACUGGGGGGGAAAGAUAAAAAGAUAAAAAAUUCCUUAAACCAUCUUCCUCAGGCUCAGCUUAAUUCUUCUAACACCUCCCUGCCUUAGUAGUCUCAGUUUCCUUUGCUCUCACCAAGAGUUGUAUUCAGCUCCUGCUAUUUCCCUUAGUAACGUGACAGGUCACACAGGAGGUUGGGCUCAUAUGUACACUUGAUUGUCUGAUGCUCUUCAUUUCUUAGUGGGUGUCCUCUGGUGCUCUGGGCUGGUCAAUGUCACUAUUCAUGGAGACACUGGGCCACAGUCCUUUCAGGAUGUGUCUGUUCCAGCUUGGCUGUUCUGUGGAACUCAGUUCUUUCAGAGGUGUACCUGCUCUGGCAGGGCUUAGCUGUAGGCCAGAGUUCUCUCAGAAGUGAAUCUCCUCAGGCAGGGAGUGUGUCCUUCUAUGACUAUGUCUAUACAAGUUCUCAGUGACUUCUUCAGGUGUUUUCCCAAGAGCAGCUCUUCAGUUUCUCCACAUGUACCCAGGAGUAUCCUCUCCAUGUGUCUCCCUGCACCUCUUGCUAGCAGCUGCCACUCUUCCUUAAUUAUGUUUAAGCAGAAGCAUUAUGUGCACCUCUGGUUGAGAUUUUGGCUUGCAGUGGAUUGUUCACAUCCAUUUUUUGUGCAGGCUGAACUUCUUUUGACUAGCACAGGGCAGCUCCCAACCUCUAGCCACACGUCACCCCUGCAGUCCCUGCCACUGGUGGCCAGUUGAACAUAGCAAGCCAAGAUAUACAGAUGCAGCUUCUGUCAAGCUUCUGAUUUUUGCUAAUGGAGUGGUCUUGUUCAAGGUACGAAAAAUUAUUUCUUAUGUGUGGGGAGGAGGGAAGCAAUCCAUAUAUAUAUAUAUGUAUAUAUAUAAUAAUAUGAAUGCAUAUGUAUAUGAUGAAUUUCAUUAGUCUUCCCAUAUGCUUCAUUACCUUUGAUGAUGUGGCUGUUGGCUGUAGUAAAGUGAGUGUCUUCUGAAAACCAGCAGUAUUGUACAUCCAGGUGGCUUUCAGACUUUCCUGCUGCUUUGAAGCCAUUCAUUGUCCUAGUAGUGGUGAGAAGACUUAAUGAUACUACAGCUAAGUUCCUUAUUACUCCAUUUUGUAACUAUGAUGUUAAUUACCAUGGAAUCUGUGUAACUGCCAUUCUCAAAAAUUCGACUGUUAGCAGGGUUAAAAUCUGCUUAGGUGUAUAUCAGACCCUUUUGAGGGAGAAGGUUCCUAUUUCACACACCAGUGUUACUGUGCAGGGCGCUUUUUUGUUGUUUAAUUUUUUUAACUUUCCUUGUUAGUUUUAUUGGUGAGCAGAUAGACCCUAGAAGGUAUUGUCAAUACAGUUUUUGGUCACAGUUUUUUUCCUCUGAGGUGUGUCUGAGGUUGAGAAACCAUCCUGUAUCAUAAGCAAGGCAGAUGAUCAAAGGCUGAUGUAUUGAGUGUUCCAGUAUUAUUGAUCCUGAAAGAAUGGAGGCACAUCAGGUUUUGUAAUCUCAAGAAUUUUGCCUGGGUGCCAGCAAGGUGACCUGUCUCUGAAUUAUGAGAGUCUACAGCAGUGCACUGAGUGUUUUACUGUAACAGAAUUAGGACCCUUCUCAAAGCAACAAAGGAAAGUUGUUUUUUGUCUUUUAAAUGCUUCAUUGGAUAGCUUGGCUUCUUUAGCUAUUAGCUGUAAACUGUCAGUGGCCUAGGGGAAGAUGCUGGAAAAGAAAAUGGUAUAUUUUUAAUGUGAUUAAAUUGCAAGUUCUGAUUUUUGCUUGAAGCCUGUGUCUGUCGAUUGCUGCUCCUUUUUUUUUUUUUUUUAUUCAUGGGAUUCCAUAUUUCUUUCAGAAAUGUGACUGUUUAUGUAAGUCAAGUGAAUCUUCCUUAAUGAGCUAUAAGUUUUUAUUCUAAACAAGUCAUUUAUAAUAGUAAAUUUGCAUCUCGUGAUAUUUUGUGAGAUGUUAUGCCUGUAUUGCAGAGGUUGGAUAGUUUUUGUCUCUAAAUAUUGCUGUCCUAAUUGUACAGCUUGGUUUUAAUUUAAUGUUACUGUUCAAUAUUUUCUUCUUAUAGAAGAGUCCCAUGCCCCUUUUUUUCUAUAACAUGUUUUAAUAAAUGUUAUCUGUCAACUUUGUAAAUGUUUUCUUAAGCUUGAAUGAAAGAAAAGCAUGUCUAGUACUAGUAUUUAAUAUUUCACUUUGCCAAAAUAAGUGCUUAAACAAAAGUACAAAUCCGAAAGUUGUUGAUAUAUAACUUUAUUAAAUAUAUAAAAAAGUGA